AUGCAGUGUCUUUAUGGGUUCAGACUUUUCUAUCAGGCAACUUUGUUUUUCUUCUUUGCCCCUUUACUCAUUUAUUUUUCUUCUUCCUUCUUUCUUUUCUUUCCAUUUGCUUUUCUUUCUUUUUUUAUUCUUCUUUCCAUUCAUCUUUCUCUUUAUUUCUAUAUCCACUUCUUCCUUUUUCCUUCUUGUUUCUUUCUUUUUAAUCUUUAUUUUCUCUUUUCUUUUUUUUCUGUUUCUUUGUUUUUUGUCUUUAAUUCUGUUUCUUUCUUUUUUCUUCCUCUUUUCUAUCUAUCUCAAUCUGUGUAUAUCUAUCUAUCUAUCUAUCUAUCUAUUUCAGUCUGUUCAUAUCUAAGUAUUUUCCUAUCUAUCUCAGUCUGUUCAUAUCUAUCUCAGCUUUUAUCUAUUUAUCUAUCCCAUUUAUUCAUAUCUAUCUAUCUCAGUUUAUUCAUAUCUAUCUAUCUAUCUAUCUCAAUUUAUUCAUAUCUAUCUAUCUAUCUCAGUUUAUACAUAUCUAUCUAUCUCAAUUUAUUCAUAUCUAUCUAUCUCAAUUUAUUCAUAUCUAUCUAUCUCAAUUUAUUCAUAUCUAUCUCAGUUUAUUCAUAUCUAUCUAUCUAUCUAUCUAUCUCAGUUUAUACAUAUCUAUCUAUCUAUCUCAAUUUAUUCAUAUCUAUCUAUCUAUCUAUCUAUCUAUCUAUCUAUCUCAAUUUAUUCAUAUCUAUCUCUGUUCAACCUUUUCUUUCUAUCUCUGUCUUAUUUCUCCUUCUUUCUUACUUAUGUUUUAUUUCUUUUCUUCUUAUUGAUAUGAGUCUUGUUCUUUAUUUCUUUCAUGAUUUUCUUCUAUUUUCUCUUUCUUUCUUUCAUCACUUUUACUAUUCCACCUUCCUCUCUUACAGUCUGUCUAUCUCCCUCAUUCAAUUUCUCACAAUCCUCUCACUCAAUGUCCUUCAUUUUCCCCACCAACUUUCACUCUCCUUUUUCCUAUUCCUUUUUUUUUAG